AUGAGCAGAGACCUCUGCGUCCACACCUGGCCAUGCUCCUAUUAUUUGGAACUUGAGAAGCGAUGGGUUCCUGGAAAACUUUGGUUAACUUCACUUUCACUAAAAUUUCUGACUGAUAAAACUGGAGACUUUCUUGUCAGCUUUCCUCUUGCUGAUAUAAUUGAGAUCAAGAAAGAAGCUUCUAAUUUUAUCUUCAGUUCUGUCACCAUCCUGGAAAAGGACCAUGUCAAGCACUGGUUCAGUUCCUUGCAGCCUAGUCGGAAUGUUGUUUUCCAUAUCAUCGAACACUUCUGGAGAGAGUUGCUGCUGUCUCAGCCAGGAGCUGCUGUGGAGGCAUCAUCCUCCACCAUGACCAAGGGGAAGGAGCUGACUGGUCUGAUGGCCUGUUCCCAGAAGCGUCUAGAAGAUGCAGCCAGAGUCCUACACUACCAGGGUGAGCAGCUGGACAGCAUAACGAGCAGCCUGGACAAUAUGGAGUCUGACCUGGAUGUGGCUGACAGGUUGUUGAAAGAACUGGAAUCUCCUUCUUGGUGGCCCUUUAACUUCAAGCUUUGGAAGAUGCCAUCAGACACAAGCUCCAAGGCAGGCUCCUCCAUGGCUAGUACUAAAGCUCUUGGAAAAGAAGGAAUAGUGAUCAAAAUUCCUGCUGUUAUUUCCCAGGGAACAGAAUCACACGUUAAACCAGGAAGGCUCACCAUCCUUGUUUCUGGGUUGGAAAUCCAUGGCCCAAAUUCUUUGCUGUUGCACAGAUUUGAAAGAGAGGAUGUAGAUGACAUUAAAGUUCACACACAUUAUGAAGUCAGCAUCCGCCAGCGGUUCAUUGGGAAGCCAGACAUAGCUUUUCGUUUGAUAUCUGCCAAGAUGCCACAAGUUAUCCCCAUUUUGGAAAUGCAGUUCAGCAAGAAGAUCGAGUUUUUAGAAGAUGCCUUGAUGCUCAGAAGCACGGGAACCUCCUCCCCAGCAGAGAAGGGCUACUCAGUCUGGCAGGCAGCAUCCAGGCCCAUGGACUGCGACAGGCAACGAGAGGCCUCCUCGGGGAGCCAGGAUGGCAGGCUGCUUCAGCUCCAGAUGAGCGAGCCACUCAUUUCUGAGGAGGACACCCAGGAACUCAGACAGAUCCUUGGGAAGCUGAAGGGUCUUGCCUUGGAUGCCGAGGCAGAGCUGGAGAGACAGGACGAGGCCCUGGAUGGCAUCGCCACUGCCGUGGACCGGGCAACCUUAACCAUUGACAAGCACAAUCGACGAAUGAAAAAACUGACUUAG